AUGGCCCCACGCACCCGUGCUGGGACUGCACCCUCUGGGGGAGCCUCCACGUCGUCCCCUAGAGCGCGUACACCUCUACCCCGGCAGGAAUCUGAGAUUCCUGAACCCGCCGCUCACCUUGGCAUGGGCCCUCCAGCCGCCCUGCCACCGCCGCGGCCCCUACACUCCUAUGUCUACCAUGGAGAUAAAGGGAUCAAGGUUGGAGAUCCGCCGAAUUACAAGGGCAAGACGCUGUCUGAAUUCCACAGCUUCACGAGAGCCCUUGAACGGAAAUUCCGCCUUAACCUGAGCCAGUUUAAUACUCAUGAGGUACGAGUCAUAUACGCCGCGAGCCUCCUCGAAGGCACCACUGCAACUACAUGGGCGACCAAGGAAAGGGAGCUUGAGCGUAGCAAUGCUGCCAUGACAUGGGAAGAAUUCAAGAACUUCCUUCUGGACCAGAUUGAAGACCACCGUAACCGCGCCUUCACAGCGGCGCAGCGGUUCAACUCACUACGUCAACGAGACGACGAGAAUCCUUCCGAUUUCAAUGCAAGAUUCGAAGAAUAUUGGGAGGAACUGUCUGACGAUUUGAAUCUAUUGAAAACGCAGCUUUACCUCGCGAAGCUGACUCAUAAGGUGCGGACGACGAUAUCGCAAUAUCAAAGUCCGCCCACCAAUCGCACCGAGCUUGUCAACCUGGCUUCUCGAAUCUAUUUGAAUAAUCAACACCAUGAGAAGAAGGGGGACAAGACUCCCUCAAAGCAACCGACAACAGGAUCAAAACGGCGCCAUGACGGCUCCGGUGCGGAUGAUGCAAAGAAGAACUCAAAGCGUUCCAGUUCUUCACUUACUGCAAAGGAACGCCAAAAUAGACUGGAUAACAACCUUUGUUUUAACUGCGGAAUCUCAGGCCAUUUUGCCAGUGAUUGCCGGUUGGAAAAAGAUAGGUCCGCCGGGCCACGCAAAGCGUGGCGGUACCGCCUCACCGACGAAGAGGCAGCUAUAGAGGAACCCGAAGAGUUCCAUCGGAAGAAUCUCGAGGAUAAGAUUGAGUCGAUAUACUGUGUAGCAGGUGACUUGGACUUGGAGGCAGGCGGAGAAGCCGCCACCCUCACUGCCAGAUUAGCAGUGAUGUCUGCCACUGAAGGCGGACGAACGCAACGUCUCUUCACAGAUUACAAGGACGUUUUUUCAGAAAAGGAAGCAGCGAAGUUUCCUGAUACCAAAGUGCGACAUAAGAUCCAUCUUGAAGAGGGCGCGACAGCGCCGUACGGACCCCUUUACAAUUUGUCAGUAAAGGAAUUGGACGUUCUGCGCAAAUAUCUUGAAGAAGCGCAGUCAAAGAACUGGAUACGCCCAUCGAAGAGUCCAGCGGGGGCACCUAUACUAUUCGUGCCCAAGAAGGACGGUAGGCUGCGCCUCUGCGUAGACUACAGGGGCCUCAAUAAGGUGACGGUUAAGGAUCGCUAUCCACUACCAUUAAUUGAUGAGAUGAUCGAUCGAUUAUCCGGAGCAAGGGUGUUCUCGAAGAUUGGCAUACGGGACGCCUAUCAUAGAAUAAGGGUUAACGAAAACGACAUUUGGAAGACAGCUUUUCGUACCAAGUACGGCAAUUUUGAAUAUCUCGUUUUGCCUUUUGGUCUUUGCAACGCUCCGGCCACCUUCCAGGCCUACAUAAAUGAGGCGCUGCGGGGCCUUGUCGAUGUCUCCUGCAUAGUAUACUUGGACGACAUCCUAAUCUUCUCGAAAACGGAAAAAGAACAUGAUACCCACGUUCGGGAGGUGUUGGAUCGCUUGAAGCAACACCAGCUCUAUGCGAACACUGAGAAAUGCUCGUUCUACACACAGGAGAUUGAUUUCUUAGGUUAUAUUGUUGGGGUUGAUGGCAUUUCAAUGGACAGGAGCCGGGUCUCCGCCAUCGAGGACUGGCCGGCGCCGCGCACGUACCGCGAGGUGCAGGUAUUCCUAGGGUUCGCGAAUUUCUAUAGACGGUUCAUCUAUGCGUAUUCGCGGAUUGCUGCCCCCCUUACAGAUUUGUUAAAGGGAAGUGUUAAAGGCAGGAAAACGGGACCGUUUAUCCUUACCCAAGACGCUGUGAGGGCGUUUGAAGAAUUGAAGCAAGCUUUUGCAGAUGCCACGAUGUUAAAUCACUUCGACCCCGGCCUACCCAGUCAGUGUGAAACUGAUGCAUCUGGGAAUGGUGUCUGCGGAAUCUUUUCGCAGUUGACACCGGAGACUUUCCAACGUUGGAAGGAUCGGGGGUUAAUAACCUCUGGAGAUACAGGCAAUGGAAUGCCUGUAGGAGAAGGCUUUUUCACAGAACCUACAAGGCGCCGUGAAUGGAGACCAGUGGCCUUCUUCUCCAAGAAGCUAUCGCUCACGCAAAGAAGGUAUGAUACUCAUGAUCAAGAGAUGUUGGCAAUAGUUGAAUCCUUUAAGAUUUGGCGACACUACCUUCAAGGUUGCAAGUAUCCGGUGCAAGUUCUCACCGACCAUGCAAAUUUGCGUUACUUCUUGACAACAAAGAGCUUGACAGGACGUCAAGCCAGGUGGGCGGAGCUGCUUUCGGAGUAUGAUUUCUUUAUCCGAUACCGUCCAGGUCGGCUUAACCCCGCCGAUGCGCCAUCAAGGCGACCCGAUUAUGAUAUCGUUGAUGGGGAUGAGGAUCCUACAAAGGGACCUCUACCAUCACUGCAGAAGAAACUGGCUGCAGGGGGUUGGGGUUCUCUAAAGCUUGGGAACGGCGCCGGUAAGGCAGCUGCGCGACCCUAUACAGGUGGAGGAGAACUCGGGUCCCCGCAGGGGACUGGCACUGAAGGUCAUGAACUUCUCGUGCCACGUUUUGCUGCCAUUGAAUUGGCGGAAGACGAAACGGUCUACAACCUUCCAACCCAACGGCUUCUAGAAUUCAUUGGUGAGUUGCAGCAGGGGGACGCCCUUACUGCGGCUCGAAUCCAGAAGUUGAAGGAGGAAGGAUCCGGGUCGAACUUGGAAGGGGCAAGCCCUGAGCGGGGCGGUGCCGCCGAGGAACCAAGUCGCUGGCAACUAGGGGAAUGUGGACUCCUACUGCUAAAUGGUUCAGUCUUUGUCCCUCGUAGCAGGGCGGUGCGCCAGGAGUUAUUGAGGAUUCAUCACGAUGAUCCCCAUGCUGGGCACUUCGGAUUAGAGAAGACUGAAGAGCUCCUGAGACGUAAGUACGUUUGGGACAAGCUUCGGACAGAUGUCAAGGAGUAUGUUGAAACUUGUGAUGUCUGCCAGAGGAUAAAGGUUCCGCGGCACAAGCAAUAUGGCGAGUUGGCGCCACUGCCUGUUCCAAAGGGCCCAUGGCAGGAUCUAUCGAUGGAUUUCAUAGUUGACCUGCCGAAGUCGACAAGAGUCAAAGGAUAUGACUCAAUUCUAGUUAUUGUCGACCGCUUUACGAAGAUGGCCAAAUAUAUCCCUACCCACAAGAAGGUUAAAGCCCCUGAAUUGGCUAACCUGUUUCUAGAUGCCAUCAUUCGUGAUCACGGUUCUCCGAAAUCGUUAGUGUCAGACCGAGGAUCCCUUUUCACCAGUAAAUACUGGUCGGCCUUUUGCUAUCACCUUACGAUAAGGCGCCUCCUCAGCACCGCGUUCCAUCCUCAGACAGAUGGCCAGACUGAACGUCAGAAUCAGACAUUAGAACACCAUCUUCGGGCGUUCUGUUCAUAUCAUCAGAAUGACUGGCCUAGACACCUUCCGACCGCCGAAUUCGCAUAUAACAAUGCAAAGAAUGCAACCUUAAAAGUGUCCCCCUUUUAUGCUUGUUAUGGGUAUAAUCCUUCAUUACCUAGUGACGUCGCGGACGACGUCCUAAAGGGGGGGAUAGACAGUCGGAAUGUCGAACGGGAUCGUGGGACAGAGUACCCCUCGGUGCCAGAAGUAAAAGCUAGAUUGGAGCUUCUGGAUAGAAUCCACGGGGAGGCGGCGAAAAGCAUCCGCCGCGCCCAGGAGCGACAGGCGGAAUACUAUAAUCGAAAACACCUUCCAAUGAAGUUCUCAAUAGGGGAUCAAGUGUUACUUUCAGCAAAGAACAUCAAGACGACGAGACCGUGCAAGAAGCUCAGUGAGCGAUGGUUGGGACCUUUCCCGAUAAUAAGGGUAGUGGGUAAGCAGGCAUAUGAGUUGAAACUAACCUCAGGAUUCAAAUCUAUCCAUCCUGUCUUCCACAUUUCCUAUUUGGAACCCUAUAAGCAACGACCCGGGGCGGAGCCGCCUCGGCCGGAUGGCGUCGAGAUUGAGGGUAAUACCGAAUAUCUUGUAGAAGGAAUAUUGGACAAACGAAUGCACUACAACAAAGUUCAAUACCUUGUCAAAUGGGAAGGUUAUCCAUCAUCCGAGAACUCAUGGGAACCGCUUGAGCAUUUAGAGAAUGCCGAGGAAGAGAUCGCAAAAUAUGAGGUGGCUAGUAGAGACCGCCCCGCUGCACGUCGGAGGUGUGGUUAG